ACGCGGGCGGGGGCGGAGCGGCAGCGGUGGUUGGAAGCGGCAGCUCAGAGCCCUCUCGCGGCCGCGGCGGCAGCAGCGCCAGCCCCAGCAGCAGUCCGGCCGCCGCCGCCGCCGCCGCCGCCGCCUCGCGCUCUUGCCAUCCGGCCCGACAUGAGUGAGGCGGAACGGGCGCCUUCGCCUGCCGCGCCGCUGGCGGUGGCGGCGGCCGCCUCUGAGGAAAAGAAAGGGAAGGAACCGGAGCGCGAGAAGCUGCCACCCAUCGUGCCCGCCGGCGCGACGGCGGGUUUGGACAGAGGAGCCAAAGGCCAAAUUUCCACUUUGGGCAGUUUUGCUUCAAGUGUUAGCCAGAAGAAAGAAGCCACUGAAAAUAAAAGUUCACCUACACAUCUUGUUUCCCCUAACAUCAAGAAUGUGAGAGACCUACCACCAAUUUGCCUUGAUGUUAGACAAAAGCAGCGUAUCCCUAUAGAUACAUUAUCAUCUGAAAUGAAGGCCCCAGUCCUUACAGAACCUAUCCUUCCUACCCAGCCCAAAACUAUGAAAGACUUUCAGGAAGAUGUAGAAAAAGCUAAGUCAUCAGGAGAUUGGAAAACAGUACAUGAUUUUUAUCUCACAACAUUUGAUUCUUUCCCUGGAUUAAAUGCUAUAUUUAAGAAAGAUGCUGCUGCCUCAUUUAAUACCAUUGAAGACUCUGGGAUUAAUGCUAAAUUUGUGAAUGCUGUAUAUGAUGCUUUACUUAAUACUCCUCAAGAUAUUCAGAAGACAGUAUUAAAGGGAAUCAUUAACAGCCUAUUACGAGAAUGGAAAGGCCCACGAACAAAAGAUGAUCUUAGAGCAUAUUUCAUCCUUUUACAGAAUCCUCAAUUUAAUAACACAUCUACGUAUGUCAUCUAUGCUCACUUGCUACGACAGACAGCUACCUUAGUGGAAGCUGACCAUCAUUUCCUAGUUCACUGGUUUAAAAAAUUAUCCCAGAAGAGGUUCAAACAAUUGGUAGAGAGAUUGCUGCAAUUUAUUUCUUUACGCCUGUUUCCUGCAAAGCCUGAAGAAUUUCCCCCUAUAGCAAAAUGUUCCUGGUGGAUUCCAUCAGCAUCUAAAGUGUUGGCUUUACUUAAUACUGCAAACAAUUUGGUUGACCCGCCCCUUAUUCCUUAUACUGAUUUCUAUAAUUCUACAUUGGAUCACAUUGAUCUCAUGGAAGAAUAUCAUACUUGGCAGAGCUUUGGAAACUCUCACAGCAGGUUUUCCUUCUGUCAGUACCCAUUCGUUAUUUCUAUAGCUGCAAAAAAAAUCAUUAUUCAGAGAGACUCAGAACAACAGAUGAUAAGCAUCGCAAGGCAAAGUCUGGUGGAUAAAGUAUCUCGAAGACAGAGACCUGAUAUGAAUAUGUUAUUUCUAAAUAUGAAAGUAAGGCGGACACAUCUGGUUAGCGAUUCGCUUGAUGAGUUAACCCGGAAAAGAGCGGACUUGAAAAAGAAAUUGAAAGUUACAUUUGUAGGGGAAGCUGGUUUGGAUAUGGGUGGCUUGACUAAAGAGUGGUUCCUUCUUCUAAUUCGGCAGAUUUUUCAUCCAGAUUAUGGCAUGUUUACAUAUCACAAGGACUCACACUGCCAUUGGUUUAGCAGCUUUAAAUGUGAUAACUAUUCUGAAUUCCGAUUGGUUGGAAUUCUUAUGGGACUAGCUGUUUAUAACAGCAUCACCUUGGAUAUUCGUUUCCCUCCUUGCUGUUACAAGAAAUUAUUGAGCCCUCCCAUCGUUCCUAGUGAUCAAAAUAUACCAGUAGGCAUCUGCAGUGUUGCCAUUGACGACUUAUGUCAAAUUAUGCCUGAAUUGGCCCACGGAUUAACUGAACUCUUAUCAUAUGAAGGCAAUGUUGAAGAAGACUUUUAUUCAACAUUCCAGGUUUUUCAAGAAGAAUUUGGAAUAAUUAAAUCCUAUAAUUUAAAGCCAGGAGGUGAUAAAAUUCCAGUUACCAAUCAAAAUAGGAAAGAAUAUGUACAGCUUUAUACUGACUUCCUUAUCAACAAAUCCAUCUAUAAGCAGUUUGCUGCAUUUUAUUAUGGAUUUCAUAGUGUGUGUGCUUCAAAUGCCCUAAUGCUGCUUCGUCCAGAAGAAGUCGAAAUUCUGGUCUGUGGAAGUCCUGAACUGGACAUGCAUGCUCUACAGAGAAGUACUCAGUAUGAUGGGUAUGCGAAAACAGACUUAACUAUAAGAUACUUUUGGGAUGUUGUACUUGGAUUUCCUCUUGAUCUUCAAAAGAAAUUGCUACAUUUUACUACAGGAAGUGACAGAGUUCCUGUAGGAGGGAUGGCUGAUUUGAACUUUAAAAUCUCAAAGAAUGAAACUUCUACUAACUGGUUACCUGUGGCCCACACCUGCUUCAAUCAACUUUGCCUUCCCCCCUACAAGAGCAAAAAAGACCUGAAACAGAAAUUGAUCAUUGGAAUUUCAAAUUCAGAAGGUUUUGGACUCGAGUAGCCUAAAAGACUUGAAAUAUAAUAUAAUAUUUUAUAUGUAGCAUUCACUUCCCUCUUAUUGUGCCUUUAACCUUUUCAUGUUUCUGUCUCAAAACACUUUCAAAAAGCUCCAACUUUAAAAGACUGAGCUAUUUUUUUUUUUUAGUUUUUGGUUUUUUGGGUUUUUUUGUAAUCAAUUAUGAAGUCUGUUAAGUGAAGGCAUGAUUUUCUAAAAACACAGAAUUUUCUUGAGUGAGGAAAAUACCACAUGGCAGAAACAGAUAUGAGUCCAGUCACUCAUUUUUUUAGCACUUUAUCAUUUUCCAUAAGUAGUUUGCCACAGGUGUUCCACUGGGAAAAUGAAGGGUAGUAAAGAAUGCAUUUAGGACAUAGUCGAACCCAGUGGCAGAUUAUGUGCUACUAGCACACAGUAGCAAAGCAAAUAGCUACAUAAUAUUUACCAUAAAGCAUGUAGCCAUAUUUUCAUAUAGAGGUAAACAACAGUAUAAUUGCAAAUGCAGUUUACAGGGUUUUUUGAUAUACUGGCUUUGGGUCCUAUAAGAUUCUUUUCAACUAUUGCUGAAAAGCAUGUAAAUAAUUACAUAAUAGCCUGAGAAAUAAUGGGAUUUUGAUAGUGUCAUUUAUUGCUAAAGAUUUAUUUUUACAAAGUAAAUUCAGGGUUUUAGAUGUGUAUACAGCUUUUACAAAUCAAUAAAGAUGAUUGUACAAGAGUAUUUUCAGACUAAUUGGAUUCAAGGUUAUAUUCUUUUAAGUAUUGUUAGUCUGCAUGCACAUUGGCAGUAACUAGUUACCUGAAUACUCUGUAAUAUUUAUAUAAUGAUCAUUUCUUCUUAAGGAUCAAGACAUUAGAAAAAAUUGGAUCUAACUUAACCAUUGAUGAAUUAAGUCAAUUACAAGCACAAAAAAAAGAACUGUUUUUAUAUAUAUUUUGAUUGAUGUACAAGACUACGUCUACCUUUUUUGAUCACCAAUUGUAAUUGAUUGAUGUACAAUCUACAUUUUUUGAUCACCAAUUGUAAUGAAACACUAAUUUUUGGAAAAAAAAUAGGAUAAGGUAUUUGACAAAAGUGAAUACAAU